UUGAUAUUUAAAACUAUUCUGUAACAUCAUCCUUUUAUUAUUAUUAUUUUUUCUUUAAUUUAAACAACUCGUUUAAUCCUACCUGUUUCUAGAGUAAUCGGAUAUGACCUCCGCUUACUUAAUUUCCUCUUUUUUAUAAUCCUUCCCGUUUUUUCUGUUACUUUGUCCGAUUAAAAUUAUUAUUUUUUUAAAAAAAAAGUCGAAACGUUAAAUUACCAACAAGGAAAAAAAUAAAUAAAUAAAAAAUUCGAAAACAUUAAGGGAUAAACAAAAUACCGCAUAUUGUUCGACGACCUCGUUUCGUCUCCGUUAAAAUUCCCAUUAUAUGAUGUCCAUUGCGUCUCUGUCAUUAUUUCCGUCAGUCAACCUUAAAAUUUGAGUUUAAAACACCGCUUUUACCCGGAAUCCAAUAUUUUUUUUUUUAUUAGUUUUUUUCCCCCCAGAAAAUUUGAUUUUAAAAUCGAUGUAAAUGAACUACCCGAUGCAUAAUAAUAAUACAUUCGAGAUCCUUUAAUCUAGCAGCCACCAUACCCGCUACAAUUACCAGAUCUUAGAUCCGGAAUAAUAAAUAUUCCGAAUUUUUUUUUUAUCACUUCCCGGGAAUUUGCUGUAGCAAAUUUUGUAUUUUGCAGCCUGCCUUUUUCUUUUCAAAUUUCGUAACUUGUGUUAGUACUGUACCUGUUAACACGCGUAAUUCUAUACAAUGGAAUAUUCAUCCGUAACGAGACGUCGAAAUUCGAUACUAAAUCGUGACUUGUUUCACUUUUAACGACUUUGAACCCCUAAAACUAAAUAUAUUUUAACUUUUAUAAUGCAAAUAAUGGAUAUUCUACUAUUUGCAAUGUGUUAUCCACAUAAAUUAUUGCAUUUUACAUCACGUUAAUUAAAUUUUGAUACCUUUAUAUAAUUGAACUUGGGAGUUAUGGUCAGUGAUUGCAAUAAAAUAACCACACAACAGUUGAAACAAUGGAACUCCUUGUUAUUAAAUUACCUUAUUAUGUUAAUGAGUUAGUAAGGUGCUUUUUUUUCAUAUCUUUGGUUUUAUUGAUGAAUGUUUGGUUAUAAAAUUUCGGAUCAAAUAAAUUAACCUUGAAAAAAAAUCAAAACUUGUUUCGUCAUUUUCCUUUUGGGAAAACUUGCUUGUUACUGGUAAUGAAGGAAGCUGAAAUUUCAUAGCUAAGUCACAAUGGCGACCUGUGCCGACAAUAGCCGUUGUUCUCAGCUCGAGAAUGGGGAUGCGAUGGGUGCCGAAAACGUAAAGGUAAACGGAUCUGCCUGUUCUGUUGUUAACGAGUUUGAUCAAACUACCUGUGAUAGUCAAACAAAAUUUGAUGAAGAUAUUCGGAAGACAAGUACACCAAACAAACAAGAAAGAAAUGUUUGCAUUAGUAGUGAUUCUCCUAGAAAUGUUGCCCAGAUUGUAGUCGAUACUUCUAAUGAACUAAAUGGAGCAGAAACCUCACAAUGUGAUGAUAUGCCGGAAUCUCUAGAAUAUAGCAUUCCCAUAUUAGAUUAUGAAGUAAUGGAGGAACGUACGAGAUUUACGGUGUUCAAAAUUCGAGUAGAACAUCAGCCUUCGGGACAGACUUGGUUUGUCUUUAGGCGUUACACAGAUUUUGUGAGAUUAAAUAAAAAGUUAAAAGUACUGUUUAAAAAUUUAAGACUUGUGCUUCCCCCGAAAAGAUGGUUUGGAAAUAAUUUCGAUCCUAUCUUCCUGGAAGAUCGUUUACUAGGUCUACAAGCAUACAUAACAAACAUAUUAAAACAUAAAGAAAUAAGUCAAUGUAAACUGGUUAGAGAUUUUUUUUGCUUGGAUGAUCCUCCCGAUCCUCACGACAGUAUCGAAGAAAGUAGAGCAUUUUGUGCAAAUUUAGAAGAUACAGUUCGAAAUUUAAAGUAUCAGCUCAAAGAUAAAGACUGUGAACUAGAAUAUCUUCGUGCAGAGAUAGCAAUGCUGAAAUCACAAUUGUCAUCCUUAGUGCAGAGUUUAAAAUUAGAGUGUGCUCUAACUUCCUAUGCUCAUAUGCAAUCUUGCAAACACCAGUCUUUUGAUAUGCAUUGCAAUUCUGGAGAUUCUGAAAACAGAUCUAGUCAAUUACUUCAACUUCAUAAUUUAAAUCUAGCCAUUGCUCAAAUGAUAGAGAGUUCUUUAAUUGGCUCAAGUGAUGAAUCUACGGAUAUAGAAGUUGGACUAGAUGCAACCAUUUUAUGUCCAGAAAGUUAUCCAUCUUGCUCAAACUUGUUGGCAAAACAAGUGCUAGAAGCAAACAGGAAAAGUGAAAGAACUGUGGGAGAUGGAUGCACAGGAAUUGAGGAGCGACCAACCCCUCUCGGAAGUGUGGAUGAGUUACCAAAUGAAAUAUCAAAUACAGAGGAUCUUCAAUAUACUUCAAAUAAGAAAAACACUGAAGUUUUGAGAGAGAAAAGCAAUUCUUUCAUAUCUUCAAAUCUGAACAUUAUUAAAACACCUAAAUGCAUUGAACUUAAACAAAAAUUACCACAAACUGUGCCAAUUCCAGCUCAGCCUCUUUGCACAAGUUGAAAGUUUGUUGUGUUGAUUUAAAAUUGCAUAUUAUAUUUUAAAAACCCAUUGGGCAUUACUCAAUUUUUAUUUCUAUAUAGGAAUCUAAAUAUUUAAAUUUAGCACAGUGCAUUAUUUUAUGACUAAAUAAAAACUUUUUCAACUGACUAUUUUCAAAUUAGCCUAAAUAUUCACGGAGUCAUGUGCACCUUUUGAAGAUCACAAACAGGAAUUAGGUCAGAGUUGUUUUAAAAGCUCAGCAUUCAAUUUGGCAGACAAAUAACUUGUUAAUUAAGUUUUAGUGGCAGGGGAAAUAUAUAUUUAUUGCAUACAUAUAAAAA